CACCGGCUAUCAGCUUACGGAGUUCCUUGGGUUACCAAAAAAAAAGUAGAGCUUGAAACCUUAUCCUUUUUAUCUCUCUCUUUCCUUUUCUUGCAGGUAUGGAUUCAGUAAGGAAAAUCAUGGCUUGUGUAAGUUGCAAGGCAAGAACUCGAGAAUCUAGUGAAGAAUUGACAGAGAUGGAAAAGCAAAGAAUUUGGAUAGAGUCAAACCAUUCUUCCCCUCGCCCUUCUCAAAUGGUACAAUUUCAGGAUAAAGCAACCUGCGAAAAGCAAGAGAAUGAAGCAACUGCACCUUGGAAACGAAGAACAAAAGCUGCCAUGAUAAAUAACCGUCAUUGAUUACCUCAACAACCAUCAUUUAAUCAAACCCUUGAGACUUCAGAUCAAGUUAAAUCUUCAACGUUGAGAAUGGCUUCGUUCGAGAUGUACAGAGAAGCCGAUCCCGUAAUGUCGAAGGAGAUUAGGGAUGUUGUACCAGCGCAUUAUGUGCUCAAGAUUAAGUCCUUCUCUUUGUUUGCGAAGAACAACAUGGGGAAGUAUGAAUCGGGCGAGUUCGAAGCAGGAGGCUAUAAAUGGAAACUGAUCCUCUAUCCCAAUGGAGACAAGAGCCGAAACGGAGAAGGUCACAUCUCCAUAUAUCUGGCGAUUUCAGGGACGAAUCCUCUCCAACUUGGUGGGCCGAUUCACGUGGCCGUCAGGUUCUCUUUGUACGAUCAAAUUUGCGAUAGAUAUUUGACUGAACAAGGAAGUGUCACGAGGUUUCACGCAUUGAAAGCCGAAUGGGGAGUUCCGAGAUACAUGCCGUUGAAAACUUUCGCCGACUUGUCGAGUGGGUACCUUGUGGACGACACCUGCAUCUUCGGUGUGGAGGUUUUCGUCAUCAAGAGUUCGGGAGUCGGCGAAUGUUUGACGCUGAAGGCGAGUGCAUCGUAUACUCACCAAUGGAAGAUAUCGAGGCUCCCAAGCUUGGGGGAGGAUUAUCUAUACUCUGAUGUAUUCACUGUUGGAGAUCAUAAAUGGAAGGUGUGGCUAUGCCCGAGGGGUGACUACUCUAACAGGGGCCAAAGCCUUUCCAUUUCUCUCGGUUUAGUGGAGGCGGACAAAUUGGCUUCUGGUCAGAAAGUGAACGCGAGAUAUGUCAUUCGGUUAAAAGGCCCAAACAACUUUGUACAUCAGCCGGAAGCUCAGACUACAUCGUUCAGUAGCUCCACUGUGUGGUGGGGUUGGCCGUCUUUCAUGCCGCUGAAAACGGCCAUGGGUCAAGGUUGCGAACAUCCAAUGUUAAGAAUGACUUCUUUCGAGACAUGCAAUGAAGCCAACCCUGAGAACAAAAUAGAGAAGCAUGAAUCAGGCGAGUUCGAAGCGGGAGGCUAUAAAUGGAAAUUGAUCCUCUAUCCCAAUGGAGACAAAAGCCAAGACGUUGGAGAUCACAUCUCCAUAUAUCUGGCAUUUUCAGGGUCGAGUCCCCUCCAACUUGGUGACCCGAUUCACGUGGCCGUCAGGUUCUCUUUGUAUGAUCAAAUCCGCGAUAAAUUUUUUACUGAACAAGAAAGAGUCACGAGGUUCCAUGCGUUCAAAGCCGAAUGGGGAGUUCCGAGAUACAUGCCGUUGCAAACUUUUCGCGACCGGUCUAAAGGGUUCCUUGUAGACGACACUUGUGUCUUUGGUGCGGAGGUUUUCGUUAUCAAGGGUUCGGCAGUUGGCGAAUGUUUGACGCUAAAAAAGAGCACAUGGUAUACUCAUGAAUGGAACAUAUGUAGGUUGUCGAGCUUGGAGGAUACAUGUUUAUACUCUGAUGCAUUCACUGUUGGAGACUAUAAAUGGAAGGUGUUGCUAUACCCAAGGGGUGAUCCGGCUUGCAGGGGUAAAAACCUUUCGGCGUUUCUCUCUUUAGUUGAUUCGGACAAAUUGGCUUCUGGUCAGAAAGUGAACGCGAAAUACACCAUUCGUUUAAAACGCCAAUGCAAACAGGUGCAGUCAAAAGAUGCUACCAGUUGGUUCAGUAGCUCCGCAUUCGAAUGGGGUUGGCGGUCUUUCAUGCCAUUGAAAACAGUCUGCGAAUGCCAAACAAAUGAUUCAUGGCUCAUCGAGGCUGAAGUCACGGUGCUUGGCACAACUAGCAAAUUGCCAUGACAGCAAUAUAUGUAACUAGAUGUGUUUAUAAACAAUAAUACAUGGAUUGGAUGUGAUCAUGCAA